UCUCUCGUUCGUUGCUUGUCGCUCCCCGCUCCCUGCUCUCCUUUUCAUUUCUUGCCGACCGACCGGUCAGAAUACACAGUUCUCGGGGACCCAAAUUCUUUCAAUGGAAACCCCGUCGUCAACAAGAAGAGUUACAAGAUCACAAACCUCCAUUGCAAGGAAGAGCGAAGAAUCUGAAAAGGCGACUCUAUCGAGACAGAGAAAUGGGAGAUCGGAUAGAUCAGCGCUCAUUGACAUCACCAAUGACUCCCCCAUUGUUGGGCUCGCUUUGCAGAGCUCACAUGCAACUCCUUCAUCCCUCGCCAAGAAGAGGGACCGACCCAUGCAAACACCAGGUUCUGGCGAGGCCUUGCUCCGAGGUCAGGUUAAGACCCUUCUACAGAAGGUCGAAGAAGAAGCCGAGCUGUCGAAGUUCUCUUUCGAAAAUCACCUUCUCCAUCUACACAACGUCGUGAGCUCUCCAUCCGGGCUUCUACCGACUCCAGCAAACACACCCCAGGUCCCUAAUCUAUCGAGCAAUGACGACAUGGAUGCGCUAUCGGCUUCUUUCACGCUCUCUGAAUCCGACAUUUCUCAGUCCGUCACAGGGAUGGAUGGAAAGAACGAAGAGGCUGCUGAAUCUCAUAAGACUGUGGUCACUCGGUCAUUGCUGUUUGAUUUCUCUGAUAAUUCAGAAACAUCUGAUUACUCAGACUGCUCCUCCGUGUUGACAUACCAAGAUGAGAGUGGAGGACGAGGAAAACCAAUUGACGAAGAUGACGCAUCAGUCUGGUCUAUACAGGUUAAUGCAAGUCCUCAAGAUGACGAUGAAGACGACGAUAUCAUCAAUGAAGAUGAUAAAGAAGAAGAUUAUGAAGAAGAAGAAGAAGGCGAAGAAGAGGUGGGGACAUAUAGUAUUGACGAACUCUGUGAAGGGCUAAGAAAGAUGAACGUGAAUCAGAAGAAAAUGCCGGGGUUUACAGGGAAGCACACUCGGUUCAUCUACAACAGCGAUGACGAGAUAGAAGGAGAAGAGGUUGCAGAAAUGAAAAGUUUAUCCCCUGGUAUCGUUCGUUUGAAGGGUAUGCCCACUCCGGAAGGGAAGCAUCUUCGCUUCCUCGAAGAAGAGUAUUAAUAUUGUAGGAGAUAAUUAUGAUCUAUUUCGUUUGUGUCUACCUCGACGCAAUCUAUCUGUUGAGGGAAUAGUCUGUUUUAUACUUAGUUUACUGGUUGUCUUUCAAAGUAUAACUUCAAAACGAGUUAAAUCAAUUCGCCAUGAAUGAAAAGCAAGGCCAGUAAUUGUUUUGUUACUA